UCAGGUCCAUGGCGCCAUGGCCUCUAUGAGGCAAAAUAUGGACUAUUAAAUCUUCCUAGACACAAGCAAUGCAAAUGUCUUUAUAGCAAACCCUAUAAUUGCAGGUUUAUCUAAUCUUAAUCAUCCUAAUGAGGAGGUUGAUUAGAUUGUUUUUGCGCUGCACUGAAAUAAUUCAAAGGUGACAUGCAACAAUUCUCUAGUCAUUGUAGUCUUGUGGUUACUAGUGCACAUUACAGUAAGAGAAAACAGUUUGUUUACACUGCAGGCUUUAAAUUAUAUAAUCAAUUGCUGGUGGGGCUGAAGCUAUCGAUUACUUUAGUAAUUCAAUCAUUUAUUGAUUAGUUUGUCCGAUAAGUUGAGUAAUCGGAUAAAACACUUCAUAGUCUGAAUGUGGAUUUUAGAGAAACAUUUUUUUUUAAAUAAACAACACUUUUCUAACAUGUUUUUAAGUCAUCAACAUUGAAAUUGCACUUUGUGCAAAAAAAACUAUCCGCUGAUCACCGCACCCACACACCAUCACUCUAAGGUGCACUUUGAUGCAGUGGCCACACAGAAACAAUGUUCGUGUAUUUAAAGUUCCGGGCCCUCAAUGUGGUGCGGAUGUCAUCAUUUUAUAUUAGUUACACUAAUUAAAUGAUUAUUCCAACCAACACAAUAUAAAUUUAAGCUUUUUUCUCAUCAAAUUGUUGCAACUUGCAGCAAAAAAAAUGCUUGAACACAUGCAACAAACUUGGUGCACUAUAUAUUUUGCCAUAAUGAUAAAAAGGUUGUAAAAGGAGGAUUGGGGCAUAAUAAGUAGAAGUAAUGGAGUGUCUGCAAUAGUUUUCGUAACAAAUCCUACUAUAUUCCAAUGUUAUUAGGCCCUAUCUUUUCUGAUCUGCAGCGUCUCUGACUUAAUGUGUGUUUCAUGUCCGCCCUUCAAACUGUGUUGUCUUUCCUGAGACAUAAUUGUGCUAAUAGCGCUGUUAUGUAAUUUUCAGCAGGCGCAAUCAGUGUUCAUUGUGUGCCCUCGCUCAAAUUACCAAGUAAUUAGACCUAAUGUGGCAUCAUGGAGCACUGAUUGAAGAGAGCUAACAGGCAUUAUCUUCUCGAUGAAGCGAUGCAAUAAUAUUGUUACAGAAUUGUUCACGCCGCAAGAUGAGGUUUUUGAGUGGAAUGCAAUAAAUGUUGAAAAUUGAAUUUUAACAUGGAUGAUUGUGAUCAUGUCAUCUGUAUUUUCAGUCAAUUUAUAGCUUUUUCAGUAGAUUUGGAACUUUACAGUAAUUAAUGGCAUUUGUUUGUUUGGUCCAAACAUCUCAGUAUGUGUCAGGUUUCUAGUGCACACUUUCACCUAGUGACACGUUAGAUGCCUGACACGCUGACAGUGGCCUGUAGUCCUUUCCUGCGUCACACAAGCUGGCACACUCUGACACAGUGAUCCCUUCAGGACACGAGCCAGCCUGCAGAGCUCAUGCAUGACCUGCUCUGACCACAUUUAGGGAUUUGGGGCGGGUGAGGCGGAUAUUUCACUAUUAAAAUCUUGAUUUAAGUCACAAGCAAAUGUUACUGGAGAUGUGACAUUCGUGAUUGAGUCAAAUCUUUUUAAAUGACUCUUUUAAAUGAAUAAUGAGAAAUGAUUUGCAUUCAUUUUUCUCGUUAAUUGUUCUGCUGUGGAUUUGUAAAGUAGUUGAGGUGUAUACACUCUGGGUAGGUUAGUACAAUCUUGAAUGCACAUUUUUUGUUUUAUAUACAAUAAGACAUAUUUUUGCUUUUUAUUUGCUUAUUUUAUCUGUACUGGUGAGGGAAAAUUCAAAAUAGUGAUCUCAUUGUCAAUACAUACGGGAUGGGAUAUGACACCAACUUAUGGAAUGUUUAUAAUAAAGACGCAAAUCAAAUUAUUUAAAUAUUAGCAGUGUUUUACAAUAAUUUCCACCAAUGGAGCUACAUUAUUGGAAUGUGUAAAUUUGAAUUAUUCUGACCCAAAUCUUGUUUUACAACUGAUUCAUUCCUUGAUAAAUACAAGUAAUUUCUAUUAAAAAAAAACUUUUGAACUGCUCUUUGAUGGGUAACAUUCCUUAAGAUCUGGCUACCUUCAAAUACAAUUAAAUAAAAAUAAAUACCUGAUAAUUAAAAUAUAUUGGGGAAAAAAGUUCAAUAAAUUAUUAAAAAAGGAGCCAUAAAUCACAUUUCUAAAGGUUACAAUUAUCAUUUGAAUGUAAAUGAUCUGAUAUCUGCAUCAGACAGAGUUGUAAAAAAAGGGUUAGAAUAACUAACUGGUCACAAGACUAAAGGGGGCGGGCAACAACAUGAUAACUUUGAAUAUAAAUAGAACGACGUGCAAGACUCCACUGUGGGUGAAAGGGUCGACGUGGUUCUCGCAGGACUACUAUCUGCUCUCAAUAUAAUAAAGUGCGUCCCUAAAUCUGCACCAGAUCAUCAGUAUGGAGACAUCCAGCACAACUGUCCUGCCUGUCUUUGGCCUGGGCUCCAUGGCACAGUCAGCUGGACUAGUGGAGAUUGCGGUCAGGCUGUGUUUAAACCAACGUAAACAACUUUGUCCUCACGUUUGGGUGCCCAUCCUGAAGCCUCUGCGGUCCUGCAUCCGCCCCGCACUUUCAAAACACGUAUCCUCUGACAUCCUUCAAGACUUCUCCACUCGGCUGCUCUCAAGUUCCUUUGAGGACUCGGAUGAUGAGGAUAUAUUGGCCCCAGUCAAGAACAAGCGCGUGGUUUUCGCCGACUCCAAAGGAUGGUCCUUGGCAGAGGUUCGAGUCUUCUCUAAUGAGGAGGAGCACGCCGACCUGGACCCGCUGCCAUCCCUGCAGGGUCUGUGGAGCAUGACGGAGGAUGGUUACAGCUGUACGGUCAGCACCUGCUGCCCAGGAACACAGCUCACACUCGGCUUCCCACAGCCCUCUGCUAAUUUCCAGGCCUUCCGUGCCAAGCUCGCUGAGAGCAUGGUCACGCUGGAGAACUGCACGGUCACCGAGCAAGCCCUCAGAGGCACCGUCCGAGUCCGAAACGUCAGCUUUCGAAAAGAUGUGCGUGUGCGCAUCACUUUUGACUCAUGGCAAAGCUACAGAGAUGUGCCCUGCACGUACCUGCAGCAGCGCUUCGGAGGGCCGCACACAGACAUCUUCGAGUUUGACAUCGCCGUACCUAAAGUGCUCGAUGCAAAGAGGAAGAUAGAAUUCUGCUUAAGCUAUUCGCCAGGAGAACAGGGUGUCACCUUUUGGGACAACAACAAUGGGCAGAACUAUACGAUCGAUGUGUGCGUGAAGUCACAUCUUUGUCACAACAGAUAAAAGAGGUGUAAGAGUUGCUUACUUUUCAAACAUAAAGUAGUUUUAUUGUUUGUGUUGUUUCACUGUGACUCUUAUCUUAUUUGAUUUAGUGAAUACCAAUUAGUGUCCUUUAAUUGCCACCAAUCUACAGAAUUAUUUAUAAAUAAAUGA